UUUUAUGGCGGUUCAUAUGAAAUAAAGUCGUCAGCAAAAUUUUUCCUGCGGAUCUCUCUGCCGUAUGUGGCCGAUGAUGAGAAGUUAAGGAUGAUCAAUACAAUAAAAAUCAAUAGACUUGCAUAGGAUAUAAUGCGAAAACAACAGGGAGUUCAAUAUAGUUCUUCAAAUGGUAUGAUGCAAAAAUGCAUUGUACUUACACUCCUCUGUAAUAUUGAGCUAAAAUAAUGUGAUAUUUAUUUUGUAAAAAUAAAUGUGAGCAUAAAAGAUAUGCAUAUAUUUUGUUGCACAAGGUUUUUUACAUAACCUUAAAACGAUGCUGUAAAUAAACAUAAUUGUUGAUUAUUUUGAAAGUAAUAAACCGCAGCAUGUCUCAAAAAAAAAGAGUAUUAAUGGUAUGUUUAGGAAAUAGCUGUCGUUCUCCUAUAGCAGAAGCAUUAUUUGAUGAUUUUAUAAAAAAACUAAAUCUUCUCGAUUUUUGGGAAGUGGAUAGUGCUGCUCUUUUACAAUAUCAUGUAGGUAAUGAUCCAGAACCUAGAGCUGUGUCUGUACUUAAAAAUAGAGGUAUUACACAAUAUUCUCACAAAGCAAAACAGAUUACAAAAGAAGACUUUUAUAAAUUUGAUUGGAUACUGGCAAUGGAUAGUGGAAUUGCUUAUGAUCUAUGUCAGAUGCAACCAGAAGACAGUCAAGCUAAAAUUGAACUCCUGGGAAAGUACGAUCCGAAUGGAGAAUUAAAUAUACGAGACCCGUUAUUUGAUGAUGAUAGUGCCGGCUUUGAAAAAGCAUUUGAACAAGCUACAAGAAGCAUAAAAUCAUUUCUAAAACAACGUACAAGCAUUACCCGUGAUUAAUUAGCAUAUUAUAAAUUGAAUGUUAUUUAUAAAUUAUUAUAAAUAAUAAAUAAAUGUAAAGUAUGUAAAU